CAGAAGAAACAAGAAAGAAAGGAGGGAGAGUGGUGAAAUCCAAAAUCUCAAAUCUGCAGAGUUACCGGAAAAUUUUCUGAAAUGCGAAGAUUUGGGGAAUGGCGCAGCAAGCAGUGCAGAAGAACACGAUGUACGUCGGAGGACUGGCGGAGGAGGUGAACGAGUCGAUACUCCACGCCGCGUUCAUACCCUUUGGGGACAUCAAGGACGUAAAGACGCCGCUGGAUCAAGCCACCCAGAAGCUCCGCUCUUUUGGGUUCGUCACGUUUUUGGAGAGAGAGGACUCCGCCGCCGCCAUGGACAACAUGGACGGCGCCGAGCUGUACGGCCGAGUCCUCACCGUCAAUUACGCCCUACCUGAGAAAAUCAAGGGCGGUGAACAGGGUUGGGCCGCCCAGCCCAUUUGGGCAGAUGCAGACACAUGGUUUGAGAGACAGCAACAAGAAGAGGAAAUGCAACGUAUUCUGGCGGAGAACAAGGCCGCCAUGCAGGCUGCGGAAGAGUUGCACCGGAAAAAAUUGACGCAAGAACGAGAAGGGGAAAAAGAAGAGGAGAUCGAGAUGAAGGAUGACCCCAUGGCGAGGGCUGAAGCAGAGGUUUUGAAACAGAAUCACUAGUGUUCUACCACUUCCAAUUGAAAAUUAUGUGAGGAGUAUGCAGUUUUGUUCUAUCAAAUCCUUGUAAACUUGUCAAGCUCUCUUGUAAAACUUUGCUAAACGAAACGAAACAGAUACCCGAUUCUUAAUCUCGUAUAGACGGGCAUGCUCCGAUGUAAUAGGGCUCAUCUUCCUCUCCUUGAAAGUAUGAAACCGAGCAGGAUUAAUGAAUAUCUAUCUAGUUCGGAUA